AUGGCAUAUUCAUUAGAAAGUAGUAAGUGGAAAGCUUAUCAAUUUAGUGACCCAUUAGCCGUGGGUUCCUUUUAUGUUUGUAAUAAAUCAACUCAAGUAUUUUGUCGUCCUGAUUGUGAUGCACAACCAAUUAUUAAUUUACAACUGGAAAUUCAAUUUGUAACAGACCCAAAUACAGCUCUUGAAUUAGGAUAUCAACCUUGUGAAUCUUGUGAUCCUUUACAUUGUUCAAUUAUUGAUGUUGACUUGUUGAUCAAGUGUAUUUGUACGGUAAACCAUCAAAUUGGAUUCAUUUCUCCAUUGCUAGAUGAAGAUGAAGAAUAUAAUACUAAGAAAAUCAAGGAGAAUAUCUUGGAAACUAAGAGAGCUAAUGAACAACAGAUUAUAAAGACAAUUAAUAAUGUCAUUGCCCAUGACGGUAGAGUUCAACAUAGAUAUUCAUUACCUAUAAUAAAUGCCCCGGGCACCAAAGGUUCUAAAGAUAUGAACCCUUCUAAUACAACAAUAUCAAAGAAUGACUCCGAUCAUUAUAGGUUGGUUGAUUUAGCUUGUCGUCAUUUGGCUUUAGCUGCUGCGCUUAGUGUUUUUCAACCCCAUUUAAAACCUCUUCCUCAGGAAGAAAUGGAUGAUGAUAAUCAAGACAAUAGUAAGAAGAGAAAGAGAAGAAGAAGAAGAGGUGGUGUAUUAGGAUUCAAAGAAUUAGCCGCCAAAUCAAAAUUAAGUGCUUGGCAUUUCCAUAGAGUCUUUAAAUCAGUUACUGGCUUAACUCCAAAGACAUAUGGAGAUAAAUGUUGGGAAUUCUUUAAGAGAGUUGAAAGAACUGGUGAAUAUACUUCAUUCCAAGAUAAUGGUUCUGCUUAUAGCGUUUCUCCUCAACCUUACCAAUCACCUCCUUUAUCUACUAGAAGUGAUAAACCACCUUCAAAAAAGAGAAUUAAAUUGGAAAAUAAUAGCAAUCAAACGGUUUUCAAGACAAAUUUAUUUAGCGGUGAUUAUACUCAAAUUCAACCACAUCAAAAUAUAUCUUUGAAUGAUACUAUUAUAACACCUCCAAAUGAAGUUCAAUACACCAUAUCUCCAAGACAACAACAACAACAGCAACAACAACAACAUUCAGCACAAAUUUCCUCCAUCAAUACAACCAAUACUUCUUCAUAUUCAGAUUUCCUGCAAGCUUUAUAUCCAAAUGAUAUUCUCGAAGAACAACUGCAAGCAUUAUCAACCACUGAUGGUAGUUUAUUCCAUCCUCGCGCAUUUUCAGCACCAAAUUUAUCAAGAUUAAAUAGUUCGACAUUAUUCGGUCUUGCAGCUGGUUAUUCCGAAAGUCAAAUUUUCGGUACUUCUUCCCAGCCACAAUUGCAACCACAAGCUCAGCCACAACAUCCACAUCAAAAUGAGGUUUUGCAAAUUCCAAAUCAAGCUACAUUUGAUUUUGGUAAUGAAGUUUCACUUCCGGAAUUAGUUAGUACAGCAGAUAGUUUGAAUAGUGAUUUUGGUUUAUUACAAUCAACAGAACAAACUACUAUGGAUGGGAAUAUAUUUAUGGGAGCUCCAAAUGGAUUGAUGAAUGAUACUGUGGUUACUAAUAUUGGGAGUCUUAUGGCCGAUGAACAACAACAACAACAGCAACAACAGCAACAACAAUUACAACAUGAGCUUUUUGCUACUGAACCAAAGUACAAUCCACAGUUGUUAGCUAGCGGGUUAUAG